CUGGUUCAUGCCCUCUGGUUCGCUGAUCAAUCUUGUAGAGAGAGAGAGAGAGAGAGAGAGAGAGAGAGAGAGAGCAAUGGGGAGGUCAUUGUUCAAGAAGGAGUGGGGUCCGGCCAUCUGCAUGGUGCUGAUCGAGCUGUUCACGACGGGGCAGAUGCUGCUCACUAAGGUGGUCGUCGACGCCGGGCUCUUCGUCUUCGCCCUGCUCACCUACCGCUUCUUCCUCGGCGCCGCGCUGGUCGUCCCGCUCGCCAUGAUCUUCGAGAGGGGAAAGUUGAGGGAGCUUAAAUUGAAGGCGUUCAUAUGGAUUUUUACCAGUGCACUUGUUGGGUUCACAAUUCCUGGCCUGUACUACAUUGGCCUAGGGGAUACUUCACCCGGAUAUGCCAUCAAUUUCUACAACAUCAUCCCAAUCGCAACAUUCAUCCUUGCUGUACUCUUCAGGAAGGAGCCCCUGAACAUGAGGAGCCUUGUAGGAAACAUCAAGGUCAUUGGAACCCUAGUUUGUGUCGGGGGGACUCUGGUGAUCAGCCUGUACAAAGGCAAAGUGCUUCAUCUGUGGCCUACCAACAUCAUCGGGUACCACCCAAAGCAAGCUGGAGCCGCAUUUGGACAUCACCACAUGCGUGGAACCAUCUUGCUUAUCACCAGCUGCUUGAGCCUGGCCGUCUGGUACACAGUACAGGCCCAGAUGCUGAAAGUGUUCCCAUACAAGUACUGGUCCACAGUUGCUACAUGCUUAGUGGGGAGCAUCCAAAUGGCUGUUGUAGGGGUCGCAAUGAACCGAGAAAAGGCAACUUGGCAGCUGAAAUGGAACAUGAGCUUGCUCACGAUCGUUUACUCGGCAAUACUCAACACUGCUGCAAAGUUCGUAAUGAUUUCAUGGGUCGUCACACAGCGAGGCCCCACCUACCCGUCGAUGUUUUGUGCAGUGUCAGUGUUGUUCACCACUGUCCUUGACUCGCUGCUUCUUGGCCAUGACUUAUGUGUUGGAAGUAUUCUUGGCAUGCUCAUGAUUCUGGCUGGGCUCUACCUUUUCCUAUGGGGAAAGAGAAAAGAAUUGGUGCCUGAGAGUGAAGAAAACCCCAAGGAGGAAUUGCAAUUUCAGGGUGAAGAUAAAAUUAAUGAAUCAGGAUCCAAUGUAUGAUUUCUUUUUUCAUGAUGUAACAUAAUUAUUGAGUCAUCAA